GGGCUUCCAAGAGCUGACUCCUGGAACUUACAGAACCUGAUUGCAGAAAAAGAGUUCUCCUUUGGACCUGGAAAAACCGCCUUGGAAAGGAGACUGCAGCUUCCUGAACUGUUGCUGAAAGCAGAGGGUUUUUACAAGCUGCUUUUUGGACCCUGUUUGCCUCCAAGGUGGAAGAAUCCAAGGCCAUUAUCCUCCAGUGCAGCCUCUGAUUUGCCAUCCCAUCAUUCCCACCUGCCAACCUGUCUGAUAUGUCGGGACCCGUGCCGAGCAGGGCCAGAGUCUACACGGAUGUGAACACACACAGACCCCGGGAGUACUGGGACUAUGAGUCGCAUGUUGUUGAGUGGGGGAAUCAAGAUGACUACCAGCUAGUGCGGAAAUUAGGCCGAGGCAAAUACAGCGAAGUGUUUGAAGCCAUCAACAUCACAAAUAAUGAAAAAGUAGUUGUUAAAAUUCUCAAGCCUGUUAAAAAGAAGAAAAUCAAGCGUGAAAUUAAGAUCCUAGAGAACUUGCGGGGCGGCCCCAACAUCAUCACCCUUGCAGAUAUAGUAAAAGAUCCUGUGUCUCGAACACCCGCUUUGGUUUUUGAACACGUAAACAACACAGACUUUAAGCAAUUGUACCAGACAUUAACAGAUUAUGAUAUUCGAUUCUACAUGUAUGAGAUUUUGAAGGCUCUAGAUUACUGCCAUAGCAUGGGAAUCAUGCACAGAGAUGUCAAACCUCACAACGUCAUGAUUGACCAUGAGCACAGAAAGCUUAGACUAAUAGACUGGGGUUUGGCUGAAUUCUACCACCCUGGACAAGAGUACAAUGUCAGAGUGGCUUCCAGAUAUUUCAAAGGACCUGAACUCCUUGUAGAUUAUCAGAUGUAUGAUUACAGUCUGGACAUGUGGAGCUUGGGUUGCAUGUUGGCUAGUAUGAUAUUCCGAAAGGAGCCCUUUUUCCAUGGCCAUGACAACUAUGAUCAGCUGGUGAGGAUAGCCAAGGUGCUGGGAACAGAAGAUCUGUAUGACUACAUUGACAAGUACAACAUCGAGCUGGAUCCACGUUUCAAUGACAUCUUGGGGAGACACUCCCGUAAGCGAUGGGAGCGCUUUGUUCACAGUGAGAACCAGCAUCUGGUGAGUCCAGAAGCUCUGGAUUUCUUAGACAAGCUGUUGCGAUACGAUCACCAGUCACGACUCACAGCGAGAGAAGCCAUGGAGCACCCCUACUUCUAUCCCAUAGUGAAAGACCAGGCUCGGAUGGGCUCCUCCAACAUGCCGGGUGGCAGCACUCCCGUCAGCAGUGCGAGUAUGAUGUCAGGGAUUUCCUCAGUGCCAACACCUUCCCCCCUGGGACCUCUAGCAGGCUCGCCCGUCAUCUCCGCCACCACCACGCUGGGGAUGCCCGUGCCAGCUGCUGCAGGCGCUCAGCAGUAGUGAGGGGCUCCUGUGUCCUGCGGCCUGAGCUGGGUCAGGUGGGGAAGAGGUUGCCCCUCACCCCCUGCUCAGGAGGCAGCUCGUGCCUGGCAGGGGAAGGGAGGGGAUGAACGCUUUGGAGGCACCGUGUCUGAACUGUUGCUUGUGGAUUUAUAGUAGUUCAGUCAUUAUAUACAAAAUUAUUAUAGGCUGAUUUUUUUUUUUUUUUCUUUUUUUACUUGAACUUUUUCGUAACUCAGGGGAUUCCCUGAAAAUACCCACAGCUGGAAUAUUUCUUGGACAGUUGCUCCCUCCCCACCCUGUCCCCAUCCCCAACCCCCCCCCCAAAAAAAAAGUACUCUUCAUUUAAGAACAACAGAUUGAAUCAACAGCAUUUCCUUGCAUCCUACUGGAAAUCUCUUCAUGUUCCCACCAUUCCUCCUCCAUGAGCCUACACCCUGGGGCAUUGUGCUCUUCUCCAGAACCAAACCAAGUCUUCGUGGGGCAGGGGAGGGGGAUUCUUAAAGUACCACUCACUUGAACCCCAUGUCCCGCCUGCCACCCAGCCCAGGGUCUGCUGAGGAGACAAUUCCAGUAUGGAGAGGUGGGAUAAAGCUUAAAAGGAGUGAGUGCAGAUAAUGUUUGACACCCAAAUUGGACUGAAUCAUGUCUCCUUAGGAGCCAACCACAAUGCCAAUUCACCCCCCUGCAUGUCAUUCUAGUCUUAAAAGAUGAAGUUUCUGCUCACUCGGGGUCCUGGGCAGCUCUGAGGCCGGGGCUCCAGCCUGGAGCUCCCUCUUCCCGGGGUCUGGAUCUCUGAAAUUACUUUGUUAUUUGGGUAUCUUGUUUCUUUUAAAUCGUUUCUCUAGGUUUCAAGCUGGUGGCUACUUAAAGCUGGAAAACUCAGACUGCGCCAAGUCCGAUCCCACAUCUUCACCCCCAUCCCCUCCCUCACGUGCCAUGUGGUGAGAAUCCAGUUACCUCACAGUCCUGUAAAUACGCACUGAGAGGACGGAGCGAGUUCCCUUAACCCGGAAUGGUAGAUCAGUAAUUGUGGACAACUAUUAUCAUUGACAACGGAAAAAGCACCCUCGUUACAGCCCUGCUACCCCUUGCUGUGUAUAUAUACUUUGUCCUUCAUAUGUGAAAGAUCCAGUGUUGGAAUUCUUUGGUGUAAAUAAACAUUUGGUUUUAUUUAUCGA